UUUGAAGAAUAAUGUAUGCAUAUGAUUAUUAAAAAAACAAAGGUGUGUACUUUGAAAAGUAAUUAUUCUUCCCCUUCCUAAACUAUAGUCAUCCCUGAUACAUAACCUAUUUUUCAUUUGAAAAAUGAAAACCUGUUUUCAUUUUAAAACUUGGGAGACUAUACAAGUAGAUCUAUCCCAUUUUUUUUUUUUUCUGUUCUUUUUGAACGUGCCAUAAUUUAUUAAGGUACUCCUUGAUGGACAUUUGUUUCUUCUUAUUGUUUUACUAUUAUAAACAAUGCUACAGUUGAUAUCCUUUUAUAUAAAUCCCGCAGCUCUAAGAGCAUAUCUUAAAUUCCUGGGAGAGCUUUUGCUAAUCAGAAGAUAACCUGCAUUUAAAAUUUUGACAGCUAGAGUCAGGAUCAUAUUUAAAUGAAAUAUGAUAACAUUCCUCCAGAGAGAGAAAUUGCAGAAUUUCCUUCAGUAACCAUCCAUUCUGGUACACUCAACUUGAAUCACAAAUAAAAGGAAAGCAAAACUGUAAACAAAAAUGUACCUCCCAAACUUUCUACUUCUGAAUUUUAUACAUUCUGAUAUUUAAGACUAUGAAAGUCUUAUUUCCUUCUUAUUUUCCUUCUAUAACUUAGAAAAUACAUGUGUCUCCACUCUGUCCAGAAUUAACUACAACUUUUCACAUUAACAGAGAUAAAACCUUAUCUUUGAAUCAAUGCCACAAUGCAACAUUGAACCAGUGGGGCUGCUUAUGUGAAAUAGACUACCUAAUUCCUUAUACUUUGCAUUUAACAAUGUGUAUUUUUUCUUUGUAAAGUGACAUAUCUGCAAAUAUUGGAUCAAUUCUUCAUUAAAAAAAUUAAUACACAAAAUACUACUAAAAGUGGCCCUGGCCACAAUAUAAAAUUAAUAUUCGGAAAAGUGCAGAGACAAUAACAACAGCCCAGCAUUUGUUUUCUUUGCAACUAUGUAUAAUUUGAGAAAAUUUGCUUUUGCUGUGGAAUCUGUUAAAGGAACAGACAACACAGUAUUUUUUAUUUAGAAUGGGUUUGCAUUGGUUUGUGUUUUGCAUAGUGAUGGGCUUUUGUAGUAUUUUUUGUAUGCUACCUGUGUUUCUGGAAUGAAUUAAGGUCGUUAUUCAGAGGAUGAUAAUCUCAAUUAUGUUUAUAGAGUGAGACUGAAUCAUCAUUGCAAAUACUACAUAAUACGCUCAUCAAAUAAUAACAGAGUAAGAGAAAAACAGAUAUAGGUGUUUAAUAAGGAAAAAAAUAGACUGUAGAAAAUACCAAAGCAGGUUAGAAUAGCAGAGUUUAAGUCAAUUUUGUUUUUAAAAUGCCUUGUAAAACUGAAGAGUUUAAAAGUUUUCUUUGAAUAGUGGCAGUAUAGGUAAUUUAACUUUUUUUGUUCUUUCAAAGAUUUUUUUAAAAAUUUUCUACGAUAAACAUGUAUGACUUUGCAAUUUGAAAAGCCAACUUUAUAAAAAGAUAAUUUCAUAUGCCUCCAAUUCCAUUAUGCCCCCCCCAUUUUCCAUUGACCUAGUGUUUUUGCCUUAAUUUACUUAUUUGCAUGCUUCUUUGCAUUUAUUUUCUUAUAUUUCCUGAUUAUGAUAGAAUACUAGUCCUGUUCUUGCUUUAGGUAUGUAAAUCAAGGAGUGAAUUCUCAAGAAGACAGAUAUGAUUUAUAGCAUCAUCUCUGGUACCCAUCUCUGCAUUUGUUAUUGCUUGUUAACAGCUGGAGCAAAGCCAAUUACUACCAUUUGGGGUUUUUUUUUCCCUUUUAUCUUCUAAAUUUCAUGCAAUCUUAAUAUAACCAUGUAAGAAACAUUAUUCUCAACCACUGCUAAAGAGAACAUAGACAAGAAGAGAGAAUGAGGAGGGAUAAGACCAUUGACAUUUGGAUUCCAUUAAAUUUUAAAAUAACGUUAUUUUUCAGUACUCCAAAGAAACACGUAUUUGGUGAGAAGUGGAUUUUUAAGGACAAAUCCAGCAUGGUACCAUUUGCAAAUAACUUAAUCCAUUAGUUGCAUCAGUAUUUUCGUAGCUAGUAGGAAAAUUACCACUACUGUUAAGGUUUCAGAUGUUCUUGAAGCAUUCCAAAAAGCUGAAGGAAAUAAGGAGAGUUCUCUAUUUGUGAAUUAUCCUAAACAAACAUAGAAUAUAUUCUGUGAAUUUCUGUUCUGAGCUCCUGUGUCUUUAACAGUCCAUAUUAUGAAGUGUGUUUCAGAUAACAGCAGGCGAUCACCAGAAUGGGCGUGAAUGACUUAUGGCCAAUUUUGGAGCCUGUAAAGCAGCACCUCCAGUUGCAUAAUCUCUGUGGGAAAACCAUUGCAGUUGAUCUGAGUCUCUGGGUAUGUGAAGCACAGACAGUCAAAAAAAUGAUUGGAACCGUCAUGAAGCCCCACCUCAGGAACUUAUUUUUUCGUAUCUCCUGUUUAACACUGAUGGAUGUAAAACUGGUGUUCGUUAUGGAAGGGGAGCCCCCAAAGCUGAAAGCUGAUGUCAUAAGCAGGAGGAAUCAGAUUCGAUAUGGGCCUUCAGGAAAAACAUGGUCUCAGAGAACAGGGAGAUCACAUUUUAAAUCAGUUUUAAAAGAGUGCCUCGAUAUGCUGGAUUGCUUAGGAAUUCCCUGGGUCCAAGCUGCUGGAGAAGCGGAAGCCAUGUGUGCUUAUCUUAAUGCCAAUGGUUACGUAGACGGCUGCCUCACUGAUGAUGGGGAUGCUUUCCUCUAUGGCGCCCAGACUGUUUAUAGGAAUUUCACUAUGAAUACCAAGGAUCCACAUGUUGAUUGUUAUACAAUGUCGUCUAUUGAGAGUAAACUAGGUUUAGAUAGAGAUGCUCUGGUUGGACUAGCCAUACUACUGGGCUGUGAUUAUCUUCCGAAGGGAGUCCCUGGAGUUGGCAAAGAGCGAGCAUUAAAACUUAUACAGACUUUGAAAGGGGAAAGUCUACUUCAAAGGUUUACUCAGUGGAAUGAAGAAUCACCCUCUGAUCCACAACCACUAGCUAUUAAAACACCGGCCCAUUGUUCUGUGUGUUCCCAUCCAGGUUCAUCUAAGGAUCAUGUACGUAAUGGAUGCAAACUCUGUAAAACUAAUCAGUAUUGUAAGCCGCAUGAUCAUGAAUACUGCUGUCCUUGUGAGUGGCACAGCACAGGGCAUGACAGACAACUGAGCGCCAUAGAGAACAGCAUUAAGAAAAAAGCUUGCAGUUGUGAGGGAUUCCCAUUCCAUGAGGUUAUUCAAGAAUUCCUUCUGAACAAGGAUAAAUUGGUGAAAGCAAUCAGGUACCGAAGACCUGAUUUAUUGUUGUUUCAGAGAUUUACUCUUGAAAAAAUGGAAUGGCCCAAUCACUAUGCAUGUGAGAAAUUGUUAGUGCUUUUGACCCACUAUGACAUGAUAGAAAGAAAGCUUGGUAGAAGGAAUUCUAAUCAACUACAGCCAAUUCGAAUCGUUAAAACGCGGAAAAGAAAUGGAAUUCAUUGCUUUGAAAUAGAAUGGGAAAGGCCUGAGCAUUAUGCUGUGGAGGAUAAACAUGGAGAAUUGGUUCUACAAACAAUAGAAGAAGAAUCAUUGUUUGAAGCAGCUUAUCCUGAGAUUGUUGCUGUUUAUCAAAAACAAAACUUAGCACUGAAAGGGAAGAAACAAAAAAGCAUGAAAAUUAAGUCUAAAGAAAACAGUUGGCCAGAAUCAGAUAAUGUGGUGGGUUUUCAGUCACAGAUGACUUUAAACCCCACAUGUGAAGUCUUUUCUAUGCCGAAUUCCAACUUAAAUUUGGAAAUUACCCCUGAUUGUGCAUUACCCCAGAAAUCUAUUUCUGCAUCAUUGAAUAGCUUGAUUUUACCUGAAGAUACUCCCUGUUUGAAUACACAAGAGCAUUUAAUGUCUUCUCCAAGACCUUUGGCUAUGCAGCAAGUUACAGCUGUCAGUAAGUCUCUACUUCCAGAAGCUAGUCAACCUAGGACUUCAUCCCAUAACAUAUCAGCGAUUGCUGAUCUACAAUUAAGCACCAUUGACUGGGAAGGUACUUCUUUUACUAAUUCACCAGCUAUUCCAAGGAACACUUCCCCUCGUGGUUUAAAAUCAGAACUUGAAACAGCCAUCCCUGAAAAUUUUAAAAGUUUCCCAGAAGAAUUAUCAUGUAAAUCAGAAUGGGGUACCACAAACAUUAAUAAAGUGUUGGAUCAGGAUCUUCAAAAGGCUAAUCCUGAAGAGAAUCUACUUUCUGGCAUUACUCAUUUACAUCUUCAGGAUUUGCCUUUAAAGGAACGAAUACGUAUAAAAUCAUCCUAUCCUCAGGAUAAUGCACAACCAAAUGUUGACCUGAAAACUCCGUCCCUACGUACCACAAAAGAAUCUUCUAUUGCUAAGAGUGGUUCUGAUUGUCCAUCACAUCCUUCAAAGGAUCUUCUAGGAAUUCAUUUGCAAAAUGAAUCUAGACAAUCUAAAGUUAUAAAAGGAGAUCAGCUAUUUCAAGAAAACUAUAAAGUGAAUACUUCUAAAUCUUACUCUGUCAACAGCCCAGUAGUAAAGACCUCCAGUGUUAGAGUUGGACCAUCAAAUACUGCUUUAGAUCAUAGUAGAAAAGGUGAUGUGCAAACCACUCAGAAAAGUGUAAUGAAGAAAAGCGUUUGCCUCGACAGACAUUCCUCUGAUGAAGAGAGUGUCCCAGUGUUUGAGAAAGCUAAAAACACAACUCAGAAAAUGAAGCCCAGUUCUCAACAGCAUAACCCAGCCCCAUUCAAGAAGGAUGGUGCCAACAGGUUGAAUAACUCUAAAAUAUAUAUUAAAGAAACUGAACAGUGUGUCCAGGCUUAUAAAACAGCUGGAAAUGAAGAGGACUGUUUCCCAGAUGCCACUAAAGGUUCUCUGAAUUUUCUACAGUGUCAUAAGGACAGAGGUGACUCUGGAACUUCUCUGGAUAGUCUUCUUCCUUUAAGGGAAAGAUUAAAACUAAGGUUCCAAAAUUCUUGAAAUGGAAUUAAAAAUAUUUAGGUAUAACUUAGUAUUUUAGGAUCAUCAGCACUAGCAGAGGCAGAAUCUCUACAUUUGGCAUAAAAAUGUAAUGUGGUUCUGUGUAUCAUGAGACACCUUUUCCAUUUUAAUUAAAUUUAUAAUUAAAAAUGUUGUCUAAAACUUUGGUUUUAAAAGGUGAUCCUUGUGUUUAAAACUUAGGAUAAUGUAUAUUUGUAAAACAUACUUUUGCCAUUUUUUAUAUCUUUAUUAAUUUUUCUUUAAAGUUUUAAAAUGUUAGUACAGUACUAGAGUAAAUGUUUCAUCCAUUUGCUCACUUUUGUUCAUUUCUUCAACAAACCUCUAAAGUUUUCAUUUAUAAUUAAGCUUGUUACCAUGAGGAUAAUUCUUCGUAAUUGCCUACACUCCCUCAGUGUCUUCUGUUGUGCCUUUCCUGAGAGUUUUAUUUUCUCUCAAUAUGAAGAUACAAUUAGUGUGCUCUUCCAUUGUUGGUAACCUUAUUCUCUUUGUGAAGGGCAAAAAUGGAAAAGGAGGAAGAUUCUCAGUAUAAUCAGUAAAAAUUAUAGUUGUAAUGGCUGAAAAACUUGAGGAAAGCUAUUUCUUACAUAACCCCAAGAAUCAGAUAUGCCAAAUGGAAGAUUUUCAAUAUAGAAUAUAGAAUGAUAAGAGACUUAGAAAUUUGCUCAGGAUCACACAACUAACUAAUAAUGGUGUGGAAACCAGAAUUCUUGCCCCCUAAUUUAUUGGCUUUUCUGUUUUCUUUUUUUCAUAGCACUUUUUUUCUUUUUAAAAGAUUUUUGUACUAUGUGGACUUCAAUAACUCUAAAUAUUAAAUUGUGCAAUGGUUUAUUUGACAUUCAAAAAGUCUAGGGUAACCGGACUGGAAAG